UCGAAUUGGUGCAGCACUAAGGGAAUAAUUUUAAUUUCCACAUGCUCUUUUCCAUUAUAAAACACACCCAUUUCUUUUCAUGCCAAGCAUCAAAAUUGUCAAUUGUUCACUUCAUUUACUUACUAUUAAAAGGAAUGGCUCAAAUUCACAGAAUUGAGCUGCAAGCUGAAAUCAAAUCUUCUCCGGAAAAACUCUUUAAUGUUUACAAGAACAAAACCUUCCUCCUUCCCAAAAUAAGCCCACACAAAUUACAAAGCAUUAAAGUGCUUGAGGGAGAUGGAAAGAGUGUUGGCUCUAUUAGGCUAUGGACAUACAAUAUGGGUGCUCCGGUAAUCGCAAAGGACAGGAUUGACGCUAUUGACGAGAAAAACAAUUCAAUGACAUUUGAACUUAUUGGAGGUGAAGUCACCAAAUACUUCAUGAAUUUUAAGGCUACUAUUAAAGUGACUAAUGAAGGUAAUAGGAACUCGGUGAAUUGGAGUCUGGAAUAUGAGAAGGCAAAUGAAGAUGUCCCAACUCCGUACUCCCAUCUCGAUUAUCUAGUUGGCGUAUCUAGAGAGGUUGAUGCUUAUUUGCUUCUUUAAAUACUAAAACUCAAAUAUGGGAAUUAUGUAAUGAAUUGCCUAAUUCUCUUCCUAUUCUUAUAAGUACAACUUUCUUGGAUUUGAGCUUCUUCGUGUAUCUUGGUUAUAUCUUAGAAAGAAAUGUUCUUGCAUCUUGAA